AUGGCCCAACUCCAAGCUGCUCAUUUUAGCCGUGCCUCUACCAGCAAACUCGCCGCGUCGCUCGCGAAGCCAGCCUCGUUCAAGCUCUUGUACUGGCCCAUCAACGCGCUUGGCACCACGAGUCGCGAGAUGUUGGAGUACGGAGGCGCCAAGUGGGAGAACCUUUCGCAAUCGCCAGACAAUUGGGGUCAGGAAAGGCUUCAGACACCGUUCCAUGUCUUGCCAGUGCUUUACAUCAAGACCGAGGACGAAAAUGAUCUUGUACUGUCGGAAGCUAUUGUCGUCGAGCACUAUCUCGCCAAGCAAUUCUCUCUCCUCGGCGACAACGAAUACGAGGAGAACCUGAUUAAGAUGUUCCACAACUCGUCCCACCUCUUCCAGGCAGCUUUUGCUCAGGGUGUGACCUUGUGCAGCCCUGAUGUCAAGGAGAGGCAGCUGGCGGCUUUCUUGAACAACACUCUCCCGACUUGGAUCCAGACCCAUGAGAAGCACCUGCAUGAUAAUGGAAACAAUGGUCAUUAUGUUGGCGAAAAGUUGAGCUUGGCGGAUAUCCGAACCGCUGUGGCGAUUGAGCAUCUCACGCUGCAGCCACAGGCAGCGCAAAUCAUGGAGGUCAUCAACAAGUCCGAGCCUUUGAUCAAGGUCAAGGAAACGGUCGCAAAGGACCCCAAGAUCGCGGCAUGGAGGGCUAGCGAGCAGGGACGAAAGCUGACGGAGGCAUCAAAGGCCUUCUUUACCAACCCCCCCUUCGCAUCCAAGCCUCCACCCAAGAACUAG